GACAUCGCGGGUCUUGUCGAAACUGGCUAUGUGCAGCUCCGGCACGCUGAAGGAAACUCGGAGGCAUCGCCUGUCAAGUCCUCACCGGACGUCGGACCUGGGCGACGGCUGGAUCUAGCCUAAUCACAAGCUCGAACGACCGACGGCGGUUGCAGUAUGUACGUCUCACACGGAAUGCGAAGGCCCGCCCGCUUUCGGAGUGCUUAAAUUCCUAUCAACUAAGAAGAUACUGGGCAGUGUGCGUGUGUUUGGUGGUUGGAGUCUCGGAAACGAAGCGACGUCUACGCGAGGCGCGUAGAACGCGGCGAGCCAGGGGAAACAUCUCGCCAACGGACGCGCGCGGACUCGAUGGCGUUGGUGCGUUCCUGGCGAGAUCUGUCGGGGUCUGUGGCGGACCAAUGGGCUCCGUGGAUCGAGUGCGGGGCAAUCAAACGCGCGGGGAAACUGGAGAAUCCAUGGAGAAAUCGUCCACAUUCGUUGCCCACUCGGUCACCUGUCCCUCCCCGUCCCUCUUUUGUGAUCGGUUCUCGUAUAAAGCCUCCACUCUCGUUUCUGCGCUCCUUCAGCUUCUCCCAGCUCGUUCCUGUAUCCGACACCAAGCCACUCUCGCCAGCUCAUCAUGGCCGUCGGUCCCAUAGCCACCGCUAGCAAUGCGGUCGACUUCAUGCACGUUGUGGAUCCCAACAGGAAGUGGUACAACAACCGGAGACUCAUCGCCCUCCACGGAUGGAUGGUUCUCCUGCUCAUCACCUCCUCAACGAACGGUUACGAUGGCAGUUUGAUGAACAGUCUCCAGUCUAUGACCCAGUGGAAGGACUUCUUCAACAACCCCCAGGGUGGCACGCUCGGUCUGCUUAACGCUAUUCAGAACAUCGGUUCAUUGGCCGGAUACCCCUUUGCCCCCUACCUCUCCGAUGGUAUUGGUCGUCGGCCGACCAUCUGGCUCGGUGCCAUCUGCAUGUUGGCGGGCGCAGCCCUCCAGACAGCAUGCCAGAACAUCAACCAGUUCAUUGGCGCACGAUUCCUCCUCGGCUUUGGUCUGAGUAUUGCCUCCAACGCCGCGCCCAUGCUGGUCACGGAGGUCUCGUACCCCACCUACCGUCCCCAACUUACUUCGCUCUACAACACCCUCUGGUACUCCGGUAACAUCAUCGCCUCAUGGACCGCGUUCGGCACCCAGAACAUCAAGAGCGAGUGGGCAUGGCGUAUUCCCUCCCUCCUCCAGGCCACUCCCUCCGUCUUCCAGUUCUUCUUGAUCUGGUUCGUGCCCGAGUCUCCCCGUUACCUCGUCAGCAAGGGCAAGGACAGCCAGGCUCUGCGUACACUCGCGUACUACCAUGCCGACGGCGAUGAGCAGGACCCGCUCGUCCAGUAUGAGUUUGAGGAAAUCAAGGCUGCCAUCCGCAUGGACAAGGAGAACUCGAAGAACGUCGGCUGGAAGGCACUCGUCGCGACUAAGGGCAACCGCAAGCGCAUGGUCAUCAUUAUCGCCAUCGCUUGGUUCUCGCAGUGGUCCGGAAACGGUCUCGUCUCGUACUACCUGAACAAGGUCUUCGACACUAUCGGUAUAACCGACACCUCCAUCCAGCUCCUCAUCACCGGUAUCCUCGCCAUCUGGAACCUGUUCUGGGCCGUGUUCGCAUCCUUCCAGGUCGAACGCUGGGGUCGUCGGUUCCUGUUCCUCACCUCGGCCGGUGGCAUGCUCGUGUUCUUCACGCUCCAGACGAUCUGCUCCGCAGAGUACGCGCUGCACGGGUCGAAGUCUGCUGCGCACGCCGUCAUCGCGUUCAUCUUCCUCUUCUACGCGUUCUACGACUUGGCGUUCACGCCUCUCAUCGUGUCGUACACGCUCGAGAUCCUGCCGUACUCUCUCCGUGCCAAGGGCUUCAACGUGUUCAACCUGACGAUCUCCGUCGCGCUGAUCUUCAACCAAUACGUGAACCCCAUUGCCCUCAAGAACAUCGCAUGGAAGUACUACAUCGUCUACUGCGCGUUCAUCGCGUUCGAGUUCGUGUUCCUCUACGUCUUCGUCGUGGAGACGCAGAACCGCACACUCGAGGAGACCGCGGCGCUGUUCGAUGGCGACGAGCUCUCCAACCUCCACCAAGCGACCGCGCGCGUCACUGAAGUCCGCCACGAGGACUACGACGAAAAGAGCUCUGAUCCGGGCGUCAAGGUCUAAGCCUCUCCCCCUCUCCCACUCUUGGGCGGAUGGACGGACGCGCCGCGCCGCCCUCGCGCUUGUACGAUACACAUUCACGCACGGAUCUCUCCUCCCCCCUCUCAUCCCCAUCCGCACUUUCCCCCUCACGCACACUCCACGCCCGGACUCCGAUGCCCCUUCCUCUCCUCCCAGGGACGGAAAUGUAUAUUACGACCCGCACACACUCCCCUUCGCUGUCUCUCCUACGGUCUCUGCUUCUU